AUGAAAAUAAGAUCAUCUGUUAAAAAAAUUUGUAAAAAAUGUAGAUUAAUAAGAAGAAAUAAAAUAUUAAUAAAUAUUUGUAAUAGUAUUAAAAGACAUAAAACUAAACAAGGAUGA